UCAAGAUGGCCACCCAACCUCAGAAUGCGUAUUGGCAACGGCCACUUCCACCGGGCUGGGAGGCGAAAUACGACGCCAAUGCCCGUCGAUAUUUCUUCAUCCACCAUGAAACACGGAACACUACAUGGGAAGAUCCACGACCCAAAUACUACGCACAGUUAGCCGCCCAAGGACAACAGCCAUCGCCUCGUCCACAGAGGUCACCAAGACCAUCGACUCCAACUCCUCAGAGUCAAAUGGAAUCCAUUCCCUUGCAGAACCUGUCCAGACCAAAGUGCAAAACCUGUCAACAAAAAGAGGUGCAGCGUACUGGUUUGGAUUGUUAUGAAUGUCAAGUCAAAGAGCAGCAGAGACAGGUAGCUUUGAGACGAGCACAGGAACAUGAACAAGAGGAGGUGAGAAGACGUGAGAGUCAACAAAGAAUAGAAAUAUUACAGAAACAAAGACGUAUUCAAUCUGCCCAAAGACGAAAUGAUGGAAACAAUCGAACAUUAGAUACAGUCAACUCUGAGCAAGAGACAUCCUUUAAUAAUGCAUCAAGGUCACCAAGAAGAAGGCGAUCUCCUGCUAGGUCACCUGCACAUUCACCUCCAAAACAAGUGCAGAUCCGUGCCGCUGAAAAGACUAGAUUGAAGGAUAAAUUGAAAGCUGAAUUCUCUCAACAUCCAGAGUUUCUAAUACAAAUGGCAUUGGAAACUGCUGGCUAUGAUGAGAAAAAAGCUAGGAAUGUCCUCAGUGCAGCUGGAAGUUCCUCCUCAGCUCGACAAACUGGAAAUGCUGACUCUCUAUCAACUAGUGGUGAGUAG